AAGUUUCAUAUAUUAAACAUGAGGAUCGAUCCCAGGGAGUCGAUGGAAUUGGCCCGCCUUUGCGGGCGAUCUUUGCGAACUUUGGAAUGUCAGUUCUAUGAUCCUCUGGACAUUCAGCUUCUGUCUGAACUAACCGAACUUGAAGAGCUGCACUUGACUGUCGCUGAAGUGCUAGGCAAUAUAUCGCCCAUGGUCCUUGAAGUUAUAAAGUCUUGCCCAAGGUUAGCUACAAUUCAUAUAAGCAAUGUAUUCAUGAACCGGCCAAGUCGUGUCGACAUAAAAUCGUCUUUUAUGCUCGUCGGAAUGCUGGAGGCUUGCCGAGAUAAAAUUGAUAUACAGAUCAACGGCGGCUGCAUAUCGUUUGAUCGGGAAACAAAUAAACUGCUCGUGGCAAUAAAUUUGUAUUAUCGAAAUAACCUUCUGAUGGAAGCAUUAGCCUGUCUAAGACCUCUAAACCAUUUGGAAAUAACAGGGUGCCUUGCUGCUGGUUCACUGAGAGAUCUCUUUGCCGCCCUAGCGACCAGAACUACUCACUAUCUACAGAGUCUGUCCAUAGACAAGGGCUCGCUCGACUUUGGUGAUACCAUGGAAUUGGCCAAAAUUACUACGUGGACGAGUUUCACAGGGCAACUCUCCGAUGUGCGAAGCUUUUGGCAUUUAAUCCAUUUGAGCGAUUUCAAAGUUUUUGAAAAAAGAAUCGGUGGCAGGAAAAUCACGUUCGAUCAGUCCACUGGGAAACUGACUGUUUCUCCAUUAAAUGUCUCUUUAGGGGAUCGCUUAGCCAACGGCAUUGGACUGAAUCCCCUAGCAGGCCUGCAGAAUUUGCGGAAGGUUUUUAUUGCUGGAGUCUUCGAAUAUGGCUCCAUGCGCGAUUUCUUGGGCCAGCUGGCCGCGUGUCAAGGCGAGACUCUGCAGGAACUGAGAGUGGACAGGCGCUAUGAAAUGAGCAAUGAAGAGCUGAGGGAAGUGAGUCGAAUGAAGUCCCUCCGAACCCUCGUCUGCAGUGUAUCCCAUGUUCAGGAUAUAGAAAUAGAACAGCUGGCUCAUCUUCCCCAUCUGGCAGUGCUGGUUGUUGGUUCCCAUCGAGCGGGCUCCCUGAAGAACCUUCUUGGGAGUCUUGCCGCCAGCAAGUGCCCCACACUGGUACAUCUGGCUGUAAGGGGCGAAAGUCUCACCCCCCAAGAGGUGACCGAAGUGUCAGCUAUAGGUUCCUUGAAGGGACUCGAGUGCGCGUUCUGCAGCACAGAGGGCCUGGAUGUACUGUCACAGCGAAACUGCAUCGAGCAUCUGGGCAUAACAACUAGGGAAGACUGA